GGGGGACGCGGGGGCACGGCGGGAAGAUAAAGGGCGGCCGCGGGCGGCCGAGUUAGGAGGAGCUGUUUUGCAUCCCUUCACGUCAGCCCUGCCUCAUUCCCUCCUUCUUCCUUCCUGCGCACCCAGCGCCGGGCCCGGAGCCGCCGCCGCCCCGCGCCCUGCGGAGCCGCCGCGGGAGCGCACGCCAUGACAGUGUAGGCAGAGAUGGAUCGCUUCACCGAGUGCGGGACCCAGACAGACGCAGUGGUGGUGCUGUCCCUGGCGCAGGCUGCGGUUCUGGGAUUGGUGUCUGAGAAUGAGCUGCUCGGGGCCACUGUCAGCCCUGCCAGCUUCUUGCCCAGCCUGGGAGAGGAGCUGCCGGACACCAUGGAGCCCGGGGAGCCCGAGGGCGAGGAGCAAGCGCCAGGGGAAGGGCAGGAGGAGGACGCCUUGGAGGCAGAGUCCUCCCUGGAGAAGCACGCCCGGAGGAGGAAGCGGCCUCCUGUGAGGCUGGUGCCCCAGGUCAAGUGCGAGAAGGCGGAGGGUGAGGUGCUGCAUGAUGUGUCCAGCCCUGGGGAUGAGGAGGGCGAGCAGCAGCAUGGCUGCCCACCCCCCAGCCAGGAGCCCAGCCAGGAGCAGGCGGUGCAGAGCAGCGCCAUGAAGAUGAUUGACCUCAGUGCCUUCGGCAGGAGGCCCCGGCGCCUGCGGCACCUGCGCCGGCACCCAUGCCUGGAAGGUCCCGAGAGCCACCCUGGGGACACCGACCCGGCUGUGGCAGAGGGCGGCACUGCGGGGGCCCUGCAGACCGAGUGCCCCUUUGAGGCGGGCGCCUCGUCCCCCGACGAGGCGGAGGCCCCCACGCCGGCAUCCCCCGAGCCGGUGAAGAGUGAGCAGAGCUUCAGUUGGCAGGAGCCGGGGGAACUGGAGGCAGCGGGGGCCACCAGCAACAAGAAGGCGCAACUGGACCGGCUGGACAUCAAUGUGCAGAUCGACGACUCAUACCUGGUGGAGGCUGGGGACCGGCAGAAGCGCUGGCAGUGCCGCAUGUGUGAGAAGUCCUACACCUCCAAAUACAACCUGGUGACCCACAUCCUGGGCCACAACGGCAUCAAACCCCACUCCUGCCCGCACUGCAACAAGCUCUUCAAGCAGCCCAGCCACCUGCAGACCCACCUGCUGACCCACCAGGGCACGCGGCCCCACAAGUGCGAGGUCUGCAGCAAGGCCUUCACCCAGACCAGCCACCUGAAGCGGCACAUGCUGCUGCACACCGACAUCAAGCCCUACAGCUGCCGCUUCUGCGGCCGUGGCUUCGCCUACCCCAGCGAGCUGAAGGCCCACGAGGUGAAGCAUGAGAGCGGGCGCUGCCACGUCUGCGUGGAGUGCGGGCUGGACUUCUCCACGCUCACCCAGCUGAAGCGGCACCUCGCCACGCACCAGGGCCCCACACUCUACCAGUGCCUGGAGUGCAGCAAGUCCUUCCACUACCGCAGCCAGCUGCAGAACCACAUGUUGAAGCACCAGAACGUGCGGCCCUUCGUCUGCACCGAGUGCGGGAUGGAAUUCAGCCAGAUCCACCACCUCAAGCAGCACUCACUCACACACAAGGGUGUGAAGGAGUUCAAGUGCGAGGUGUGUGGGCGGGAGUUCACGCUGCAGGCCAACAUGAAGCGGCACAUGCUGAUCCACACCAGCGUCCGGCCCUACCAGUGCCACAUCUGCUUCAAGACCUUUGUGCAGAAGCAGACACUCAAGACCCACAUGAUUGUGCACUCACCGGUGAAGCCAUUCAAAUGCAAGGUCUGUGGGAAAUCCUUCAACCGCAUGUACAACCUGCUGGGGCACAUGCACCUGCAUGCGGGGAGCAAGCCCUUCAAGUGUCCCUACUGCUCCAGCAAGUUCAACCUGAAGGGCAACCUGAGCCGGCACAUGAAGGUCAAGCACGGGGUGAUGGACAUCAGCCUGGACAGCCAAGAUCCCAUGAUGGACCUGGCUGGGACCGAGCACGCCGAGCUGGAUGGGCAGCAGGAGAUGGACGACUUCGAGGAGGAGAACUCUUACGGCUAUGGAGGGGUGGGCAACCCUCCAGAUGAGCACGCCCUGGCUGAGCAGGCCAUGAAGGAGAUGGCCUACUACAACAUGUUGUAGCCGGGGCUGGGGGCGGCUGCGGGGUCUGUGGGGGCUUUGCAUGGUGAGAGCUGCGGCACCUGCCAGACCUGCACCCCCGCCUGGGGCAGGAGCUCGGGCUGGAUCGGUGGAGGACCAAACAGGGAUGUCCGAAAACCUCUGCCAGGGCAAGGGCAGGCUCUGCGUCCAGCCUCCUUGAAGCUGCAGGCAGGGGAAGGUACAUCCCAGAAGAUAACGAGCAUUACUGAUUAUUCUACCUCCUGGGUCCUCUCCCAUGGCUGCAGCCAGCUGGCCCCCUGUUCCCCCCAAGUGCCCUGUGGGGCAGAAGCCCCUAUGCCUGCAGAGGGGGGGUUUCAUUUCGUGCUCUGCCUCAUCUCCCAGGCAGGCGAGAGCAUCCCACUUGCCCUGGCACUGGCCAUGGGCUGGCUCAGGCAGAGCCAUGGCAACCUGUACGGGGCACAUACAGAACAGAAUAUUUUCUUACAAACUAAUGGCAAAGCUCAGAGGAAGCAGCAGCUCCGCGUAUGGAGCAGCUGUCGCGAGCAGUAUAUUUAAAAGAAGGCAAACCAUGUUCAACUUGAGCAAAUGAUGGUAUUUUGAAAGUAAUUUAUUUUUUUCCAGAUGUGCCGCGUGGUUGGAUUUAUCUUUUCACCGAGUUCAGUUUCCUUCAACCAAUGUGCUUUUUAAACCUG